GGGAUCACAUCAUAUUUCAACUAUAUUGCGAUAGAGGGCGCUAUAUUAGAGUUUUUAUGAAAAUUAGGACCCAAUGAAAUCAAGAGUGGGUUCCAUUGAAAAUCAAUGAUAGCCAAGGGCAGGCUAUGUAUUUGGUUAUUUACCUGAAAAUGUGUAUUUGUAAGCUUGUGUGUUUAAAUUACACUGUGUCAUAUUUUUUCUAACACUAGGCCUGUUUCUUACAUCGCCAUAUAACUAGCGCGAGCUCUACAUACACCAGUCCACCUAUGAUGCACCAAGAAUAAUGUCCUUAAAUUGUCCGGCAUUUAAGUCUAAGCUAUUUAAGCUAUUCAGAUUCAAGUCUCCUGGCAAAUAUGAUUUCAGAUCGGUUACAUACGCUUCCACAGUUGUUCAUGACAUUACCCAUGUUUUUUAAAUUCAGUGUGUCACCUUCACGUAGGCUACGUGACAGACAUGAAUGAGAGAGGAUGGAGAGGCAGUAGUAGGUUUAUAACUGGCAGCAUCGUUUUUGGCUUCUCUCCCAGUUACAAAAGUGUCUACAAGUGUGAAGGCUCGGAUUGGCUCGUGCACGGAGUUAGUGGCACUCUUGCGGUCCACUCCCGCUCCGUCUCCAAGGGCUGUGUGCUCCUCCCUUCACAGCAGUGUAGAAACAACAUGGUAGCGCCUAUGCAUCGGCUGUGUAGUGCCAGCAAUGCAGAGGCUGUAAUUUUCGGGAGUGUAAUAGAACAUGGCUUAUGAACAGGUUGGCCGCGAUAGAAACUGAUAACCACAAAUUACUGGUUUCAUGUGACAAUACCGUUAUGUUGGUUUUGGUACCAUCAUGUGCAAAUGAAUUAGCUUGAUUAGACGCGACGAAACGUCUCCCCCAGGUCCUAGUGAGCGUAUGGAAUACCUGUGACCGUCACCUAAAACCUUCCUGAACUCAUCCUCCCUCUCUCGCCGGAGUCAGUGUGCAGUAGAGUUGUGUGAGGGAGAGGACUGUGGUCUGCUGCUGCCUCGGACCAGUGUGGGGCUUGAGAUCUGCCGUUCACCCACGUUUGGAUUUCUCUCAUAGCUCCCAGAGCCCUGGAAAGCACCACGAGCCUCUGCUAGAAAGAGUCCAUUGCAGUCCAUUCAUCCCCACAGUCCCAGUGCCAUGCCUUUUCAGUGGACGCAUCUUCAGCUUGAUUCGACAUGCCAGUGACCUCGUUGCUUAUCUGCUGGUUUAUGCUGAAUCAUGGGUAAUGUUGAAAGCCAAAACGGGGACCAUGCGUACUACAGGGGCGGACACGGCCACUUGUCCCGCAAGCACAUGUCCCGCUCUUUGCGCAUCUCUAACAAGCAAUCACGCCACCCCCACCACCCCUGCUCGGGCAAGAUGGAGCACCGCAACUCCGAGACGAGCACGCGCUCCAGCAGCACGCCCAGCAUCCCGCAGUCGCUGGCCGAGAACGGCCUGGAGCCUUUCAACGACACCAACGCGCUCUCCGACUUCAGCAGCUCCAUAUGGGUGGACCGCGUGGCCAUGAACCUGAGGCCCAUGUCCUUCCACAACGACCUAGCCAGCCCUCCAGAGUACGGGGGAGGUGGCGAGGCGAGCAGCCCAGCCGGAGGCCCCUUUCCGGGGGGAGGCCGGGGGGAGGCAGACGCAGCCACCUACGUCCUGAGGACCCGGGACGGACCUCGGGAGUCGGGGGCGGCCACUUUCAAGAAGCGGCGCUCCAAGUCUGCGGACAUGUGGCGGGAGGACAGCCUGGAGCUCUCGCUGUCUGACCUCAGCCAAGCGCACCUGACCAGCACGGAGGAGAUCGUGGACACGGCCGACGAGAGGGACUUCACUCACUGUGACGAUCGGCUCCAGUCCAGCCCUCACGGCCUGGAACUGCUGGAUCCCGCCGACCGCGCCAACUCGCUAGACGAGCUCUACGGGCCCAAGAGCCCGGGCUGCCGGCAGACAGGCAGGCGCUUUGCCAAGUGGCACAAGGUCGCCGUGACACCUGGCGGCGAGAGCGAGGACGAUAAGAUGAUCUCGCCUGCCGAGGAUGAUGGGAGUGCCUACGGCGCCUACACCCUGCCGUGUCGGCGCUCACACUGCCUGUCUGAAGGACUGACCAGUCACCAGGCGGCUAUGUCUGCUAGACGCAGAGCACAAACCAUACAGGAUGUUACUGGGGAGGGAAGCGAGUACGACGACAGCGGCAUCGACGCGGUGACGGCCGACGCAGAGCAGCAGCAGCACCACCACCAGUCGCGCCGCUACAAGACCAUGUCGGCCUCCUUCUCCCUGUACUCCGUGCCGGGCCGCAGUGCCUUCGCCGGCAGCGACAGCGCCAGCUCCAGCAGCGGCGGCGGCAGCGGGGGUCCGGGAGGGGACGCGGGCGGGAGCAGCGGCUGCAGGAGCAGGGGUAGGAGCAUGGGCGGCGCCCAGGGCGUCUACGAGAACUUCCGUCAGGAGCUGGAGAUGAACCGUUGCCAGGGCGAUGGCCCCGAGGAGGCGGCCUCGGCCCUCAGCGACGAGCAGAGCAGCGGCACCAUAGGCUCCGCCUACCAGGUUGACCCGCUGCUCGCCGUCGCCCAGGGCACCGUGCGCAAGGCCGGGCGGCUCGCCGUCAAGAACUUCCUGGUCCACAAGAAGAACAAGAAGGUGGAGCCUGCCACCCGCCGCAAGUGGAAGAGCUACUGGGUCUCCCUUAAAGGAUGCACGCUGUUCUUCUACGAGACGGACGGCCGCUCCGGGAUCGACCACAACAGCAUCCCAAAGCACGCCGUGUGGGCGGAGAGCAGCAUCGUGCAGGCCGUGCCCGAACACCCAAAGAAGGACUUUGUCUUCUGCCUCAGCAACUCCCUCGGAGACUCCUUUCUGUUCCAGACAAGCAGCCAGACCGAGCUGGAGAACUGGAUCACGGCCAUCCACUCGGCCUGCGCCACCGCCGUGGCCCGGCAGCACCACCGCGAGGACACGGUGCGCCUGCUGCGCGCCGAGAUCAAGAAGCUGGAGCAGAAGAUCGACAUGGACGAGAAAAUGAAGAAGAUGGGGGAGAUGCAGCUGUCCGCCGUCUCCGACACCAAGAAGAGGAAGACCAUCCUGGAACAGAUCUUCCUGUGGGAACAGAACCUGGAGCAGUUCCACAUGGACCUGUUCCGCUUCCGCUGUUACCUGGCCAGCCUGCAGGGCGGCGAGCUUCCCAACCCCAAACGCCUGCUGGCCUUCGCCUCCCGCCCCACCAAACUGGCCAUGGGCCGCCUGGGCAUCUUCUCCGUGUCCUCCUUCCACGCCCUGGUCGCUGCUCGCACGGAGAGCGGCGUGAGGAGGCGCACCAACGCCAUGUCGCGCUCGGCCAGUAAGCGCAAGAGCAGGUUCUCCUCCCUCUGGGGCCUGGACACCACCUCAAAGAAGAAGACAAAAGGACAUCCCAGCAUCAACCAGGUGUUUGCGGAUGGAGACGAGCCAGCCAAGAAGCCUCUGGACGGCAUGUUUGAGGACGCAGUGCGGGAGGCCGCGAAGGAUGAUGAGGUACCUGCAAAGAGCCUUCCGAGGCACAACACAGAGCAUGACAUCUGGGCCUCAGACCACCUCACGCCCUCCUGGGUCUGCCUGCCAAACGACCAGCCGGUGCUAGCCAUCAUCCAGCCGGGCGAGUCCGUACUGGAUGCCCUCGAGUCCAUCUGCAAGGCCCACCAGCUGGAUGCCACCAAGCAUUAUCUGCGCCUCAAGUUCCUAAUAGAGAACCAAGUGCAGUUCUACAUUCCCAAACCAGAGGAGGACGUGUACGACCUGCUCUACAAGGAGAUUGAGCUCUGCUCCAAAAUCAAAAAGGUUGUGCAGUUUGACCGUGACGAGUCCUGCAUGAUCGGCUAUGGUUUCUCCAUCUCUGUGGUGGAGGAAGACGGCGUGCAGCAGCUCUAUAUCACUGAUGUGAGGGCGGGAGGAUUAGCAUUUGCCAAAGGUUUGAAUGCGGGAGAUGAGAUCCUGCAGCUGAACGGGAAGCCCUCCAGCAGCCUGACCUUCGCCGACAUGAAGGUGGCCUUCUCGCAGGCCUCGCUGGCGCUGACUGUCAGCGCCCUGCCCCCCGUGGAGCGCCGACAGCUCUGCUACCUGCCGCCACGGCGCUCUGACGCCGCCGAGGAACUCUACACCGACAUCUUCUCGCAGAGCCAGGAGGAAAUCCUCGACGAUGGAGUCGGCCUUAUUCUAGAGACCUCCGGAGACAGCCUGGAUGACGACUCCGAGAUCUUCAGCGAAUCCGACGACUUUGGAAAGAGUACGGAACAGGUCGCCGCUUUCUGCCGCAGUCUCCAUGACAUGAAUCCGUCCGAGUGUGCCGCCUCCUCCUCCUCCUCGCCCAGCCCGGACGCGCUGUGCCCAGCGCCCGGUGCCAACGCCAGUGCCACGGCCCGCCAACUCUCCGAUGCUGACAAGCUCCGAAAGGUCAUCUGCGAGCUGGUGGAGACGGAGCGCACCUACGUCAAAGAUCUUAAUUGUCUCAUCGGGAGGUACUUAACCCCGCUGCAGAAAGAGACCUUCCUUACACAGGAUGAGCUGGACGUGCUCUUCGGAAACCUGCUCGAGAUGAUCGAGUUCCAGGUGGAGUUCCUGAAGACCCUGGAGGACGGAACCCGAUUGGUCCCAGACCUGGAGAAGCUGGAGCGGGUAGACCAGUUCAAGAAAAUCCUUUUCUCGCUGGGAGGCUCCUUCCUCUACUACGCCGACCGCUUCAAGAUCUACAGCGCCUUCUGCGCCAGCCACACCAAAGUCCCCAAGGUCCUCGUAAAAGCUAAAACGGACCCAGACUUCAAGGCGUUCCUGGACGAGCGCAACCCUAAGCAGCAGCACUCCUCCACGCUGGAGUCGUACCUGAUCAAGCCCAUCCAGAGGGUCCUCAAGUACCCGCUGCUGCUCCGCGAGCUCUACUCACUCACCGACCCCGACAGCGAGGAGCACUACCACCUCGACGUGGCGGUGAAGGCCAUGAACAAAGUGGCCAGUCACAUCAACGAGAUGCAGAAGAUCCACGAGGAGUUUGGGGCCGUGUUCGACCAGCUCAUAGCCGAACAGACUGGAGACCGGAAAGAGGUUGCUGAUCUGUCCAUGGGGGACCUUCUCCUCCACACCAGUGUGGCGUGGAUCAACCCCCCGGCCUCUCUGGGCAAGUGGAAGAAGGAGCCUCAGCUUGCCACAUUCGUCUUCAAAACGGCGGUUGUGUUUGUUUGCAAGGACGGCUCCAAACAGAAGAAGAAAAUGGGUGGGUCACAUCGAGUGUCUAUGUCAAGUGAGGAGAAGGACCCCUUCCGUUUCCGCCACAUGAUUUCAACAGACGCGCUGCAAGUCCGUGCCCUGACUAAUUCAGAUGGAGAGAGCAGUGCUGUGUGCGAGAUCGUCCACGUCAAGUCAGAAUCAGAGGGGAGACCCGAGAGAGUUUUCCAUCUCUGCUGCAGCUCCCCGGAGAGUAAGAAGGACUUCCUGAAGACAGUUCAUUCCAUCCUGAGGGACAAACAGCGCAGGCAGCUCCUGAAGACCGAGAGCCUGCCACCCAACCAGCAGUACGUCCCCUUCGGAGGGAAGCGCCUCUGUGCCCUGAAAGGUGCCCGGCCCGCCAUGAACCGAGCAGUGUCGGCCCCUACACGCACGUUGGGUAGAAGGAAGCUGGUGCGGAACCGGUUCACCAUAGACACCGAUAUUGUGUUCGACGGCGAGCCUGGUAGUGGGGACCCAGACCCGGACACGCCCUCGCCGGACUCCCAUGAUCCGCUGCAGCAGCAACAGUCGCCUGGGGUGGGCGGUGUGCUGGCGGGCGACACGGACCGCUGGGUGGAGGAGCAGUUCGACCUGGACCAGUACGAGGACCCCGACGACGUCAAGGAGACGGACAUCCUAAGUGACGAUGACGACGCCGACUUCUGCCAGGGGGUGAGGGGCCCCGCAGCAAGACCCCGUCUUGAGGGCCCGAUGUCGGUCCUCUCCCUCGAGGAGGACAUUCCAGGGGAGAACCCCCAGGGGGAGGGAGAGUUGGAAGAGGAAGAGGAGGAUGAAGGGGAGCGGAGAAGCGAGGCAGCUGCGGAGGAGGACGCUAAAUUCCGCCGAGCCGCCGCUGGCCCCGUCAGGCUCUCCCACCUGGGCAAACAGUGUGCCAUGUCAGAGGCCAGCGUGGACGAGGGGCACCCCAGCCAAGACGAGAUCAUCUGGGUGCGGCGAGGGGACCAGGCCGGCACCCCAGACUCGGACGCCCAGAAGCACACGCAGAGCUAGGCAAGGCCUUCCGCAAAAAAACAAGCUCCUUACCGGUCACAACUUGCCCGAAAAAACUCCACACGGACUUGGUGAAACAUUUCACUCCUCACACACACCGUCCACUGAGCUGUCCUUCAGUAAUGCAUGGACCUUACUUGUAGUCAUACAAGCCACUGCCUACAGAAUGUCUCAUGCUAAUGUACUAAAUAUUAUCCACACGUGUAUAAGGCUGUAUUAUUCCGAGCCAUCCCUCUCAUGACGCUUCGCUAUUGGAGCAAAGCCACUUGACUUAUCCUCUCAUCAACCAAUCAGAUAAUAGAGUGGGAGGAUUAAACUGCACAAUCAUGAAAUUUAAGCAAGAAGGCAGCUACCUUAGACUGCCACUCGCUGCCAAAAUGUGAAGGGACUUAAGCUCUUUCAUUCACUCUUAGAGGGUAAAAAGGGGUUUGAGUUGCUUUUGUGUCAUACAAAAGGGCUGUGUUUGAGUCCUUUAAGUUUCAAAUCAGAACAGCCUGAUAUAAAGUCAAAUGUAAUGUAACUUUUCCAGAGAAGUGCACAAAUGUGAUGUUUUAGGGGCAAUUUAUUUCCCUUUGGUUGUAUAUAUAUUUCUGCUUUGGUUUCUGUUUUGCAUAUAUGAAGCUCUCUCAAGGCUUUAGAUCAUUUGUCGUAAUUUCCUUUUAACAGCAUUGUGUACAUUUUGCCCACUCCCCUCGUAAUCGAAGGGAACAUUUGUUCAUUUAAUUUUCAUUUUAACUUAACAAAUCCUGUGUUACUUGAAUUUCUUUCAUUGUCAUUUGCAAAUGAAACGUCAUAACUAGCCAUGAAUUGUUUUGUUGAACUAUUUUCAUAAACCUUACUUAAUGGUACGUCGCUCUGCCCUGUCACCAGACUUUGUGCACGCUUCGUAACAGUGCGUCCAAGUAAUACUGUUAGUGCACAUCUACAGAAUGGAUCUGAUGCACAUUUAAGUAUUUUUUGGUGAAGAGAAACAUAAAUAACCUUAAAUGUAUUGACCAAAUAAAUAUGUGUAAUUUAUGUUUCAUUGUUAGCAUUCUUUUAUCAGUGAGAUAGCUAAACUUCCACUAUCAGUACCCUACAUUUUAUUUUUUUUUUGUUUGUUUUUAAAUGUUAUGAGAUUCCAAAUUGUGCUUAAAGCAAUCAAAAUGGUGGAACGUGAACAAACUGGAAGAAUGGAAAAAGUGUACAUGAACAUUUUAAUUGAAUUUAAAAAAAAACUCAACCAUUGUUCUCCACAGACUGCAUUUUUUAUUUUGUAAAUAUGACUGUAUUGAUAUUAUAUCAAAUAAAUUGUUUUCUUACAUA